AGUAUUAUAUAAAUCGUGUAUUGUAAGUUUAUAAACACAUUGUCAGAAGAACAUUGACGUUGAACAUCGCAUAUAGUGCAAUACCGUUAUAAUAUCCACAUUGCGGUCGACAUGUCUUAUAAACUAACCUAUUUCGAUGUGCCCGGGCUGGCCGAACCCAUCAGAUUCCUGAUGGCGUACUUGGACAUUGAUUUCGAAGACAAUCGCAUCGGAUACCAGACUUGGUCAGCUGUCAAACCGUCCAUGCCGUUCGGGAAAGUGCCAAUUUUGGAAAUCGACGGUCAAGUAUUGAACCAGUCCUCGGCCAUCACACGUUAUCUGGCUAGAAAAGCCGGUUUGGCGGGAAUCGACGAUUGGGAAUCAAUGUUAAUCGACAUUGCCGUCGAUAACGUUCACGACUUCAGACACGAAAUCGCGGUAUAUGUGUUUACUGAACGCAAAAAUUGUGACGCCGAAUCGAAUAGUUCGAAAAUUAAAGAAAUAACCAAAUUUUACAUGGAAAAAUUUGAAAGUAUCGUUACGAUAAACAAAGGGUUCUUCGUCAAUGGAAAGUUGACUUGGGCAGAUUUAUUUUUCGUGGCGAUAUCUGACACUUUGAGCGACAUGGCCAAAAUUGAUAUACUGGAAGGACGUCCGAAUUUGCAAACCUUGAAAACUCAAGUCUUGUCCAUUCCUCAGAUUAAAACGUGGGUAGCCAAACGACCUGAACCCAGUGUUCUGUUUUAAUAAAUCUCAAUAUUAUUGUAAAAUCUAUUCUAAUGAACUUUAUAUCGUUGUGAAAUAUUUAACAACACUUUGAUUGUGUAUUUGUUUUUAAACUAAAAACACACUGCAAGUGUAAUGCAAUUUACUUUUUACAAAUUAAACUAACAGUAAAACCAUCGUAUGGUGGUAUUUACUUGGUUGUAUGUAAAUUUAAUUUUUAUAUGUAUGACACGACUCGAGCGGUUUUAAUAUUUUUGUCAUUGAACUUAUUAUAUUUAUAAUCAUUUGUUUUGGUAUUUUAUGAAUUUAA